AGAGAGAGAGAGAGAGAGAGAGAGAGUGUGUGUGUAUGUGUGUGUAAGAGAGAGGAAGAGAGCGCGCGCGGAGGAAAAAACGCAAGAAAAACAAAGAGUCAGGAGAAGGAGCGAGGAGAUACAAAAAAAGUCGAUAAAAACAGACUGAGAGAAAGCUCCGGACAAGCGACCGCUGCGCAUCAAAGGAGGGACCGUGCUGGGGACCUUUAUUGGAGACCAGCGACAACAAAACCCGACUCCGGAGGCGGAAUAUAACGGUGACAAUCCAGAUCUCCUCUGCCCUCCUGAGGAUUCAGUGAGACAGGCAGAUCUGUGCGUCCGACCAUGGCCUUCCCAUCAACCCCCUCCGCGUUAUGGAGUGUCAGCCUAUUGACGGCACUAUUCGCAGCUGCGGUUCACAGCAACAUAAUAUAUGAUGACGACCCUUUGCAGCCAGUGACCUCAGAUGAGACAGUGUCCGUGGGGGGGACUGUGACACUGACCUGCAAUGUGCCCGAGAGCGAUAACUCCUCACUGCAAUGGUCCAACACUGCACAGCAGACCCUGUACUUUGGAGAGAAGAGAGCGCUGAGAGAUAACCGCAUCCAGCUGCACCACUCGACACCCACCGAGCUUUCCAUAACCAUCGCCGACGUGCAGCUGUCCGACGAGGGCGAGUACACCUGCUCCAUCUUCACCAUGCCGGUCCGCACCACCCGAGCUACUGUCACCGUGCUAGGUGUGCCCGGUAAACCUCAGAUCUCGGGCUUUGAGAAUGCCGUGCCGGACGGGGGCAAAGUCACCCUGACUUGCACCAGUACAGGCAGCAAACCCCCCGCCACGCUGCGCUGGUACAGAGGAGACCAGGAGGUAGAAGGAAGUCCAAACGUGGUGGAGUCCAUUCCAGACGAUCCCACGUACAACGUGAGCAGCAAGCUCACCCUGGACGUGAGCCGCAGCGACGACAACGCCCUCAUCACCUGCGCCGUAGACCAUCCCUCUCUCGCGCCGGGGGACAAGAGGAGCGAGCGUGCUCUGCGGGUGUUGUAUUCCCCUAACGCGCAGAUCGUGCCUGAGAGCAAUCUGCCGAGAGAGGGGGAGAAGUUUCAUCUUAAGUGUUCGGGCAACGCCAACCCCGAGCCCACCUCCUUCAUAUGGGAGAAGAAGGACGGAGAGCUCCCCCCGAUGGCCAAAGUCGACGGUGCUUUCUUGCACUUCGAGAGGCUCAAUAAAUCAGAUAAUGGCGUCUACCUCUGCCUUGCCGACAAUGGUAUAGGGAACAGCCAGGGGGAGUACACACUCCUGGUGCAAGACCCCGCCGCGGCUGACGCGUCGACCACCAUCUCCGAAUUCUCCACCACCACCCUCUCCAACGCCCUCUUCCCCGACCUGCCACUCUCUCCCUCCUCCUCCCCUCCUCCCCCUUCCUCCGCGAGCAUCGCUCCGUCCACCGGCAAUCCCUCCUCCCCCUCCCCAUUCUCCUCCCUUACUCCCUCAGUUUCCGUCCGGCUGGAUGGAGUUUACACUUUCACAGAUGCUGCCGACAACAGUGCAGACCCCACAGCCAUGUCGACUUCUUCGGGUGUGGACCACGCCGUGAUCGGAGGGGUGGUUGCCGUUAUCGUCUUCAUCCUGCUCUGCCUCCUCAUCGUCCUCGGCAGAUACCUCAUCAGACACAAAGGAACGUAUCUGACCCACGAGGCAAAGGGCUCGGACGACGCCCCCGACGCAGACACGGCCAUCAUCAACGCAGAGGGAGGCCACUCCGGAGCAGAGGACAAGAAGGAGUACUUCAUCUAGACAGAGGACGGGAGGAGGAGAACCUGGAGGAUGUGGAUUAGGGGAGAGGGCAGGAGUAAGAGUGGGUCUGAG